AUGGCGACCGAGCUGACAGUCCAGUCCGAGCGCGCGUACCAGAAGCAGCCACACAUCUUCCUCAACCACAAGUCCAAGGCUGCAAAGAGCAGGAGAGUUGGAAAGGGUGGCCGAAGAUGGUACAAGGAUGUCGGUCUGGGUUUCAGAACACCAAAGACUGCCAUUGAGGGUGUCUACAUCGACAAGAAAUGCCCCUUCACCGGUCAGGUUUCUAUCCGAGGCCGUAUCCUCACCGGCACUGUCGUCUCCACCAAGAUGCACCGAACUUUGAUCAUCCGCCGAGAAUACCUUCACUUCGUCCCAAAGUACGCCAGAUACGAGAAGAGACACACCAACCUUGCCGCCCACGUCUCUCCUGCUUUCCGUGUUGAAGAAGGUGACACCGUCACUGUCGGUCAAUGCCGACCUCUCAGCAAGACUGUCCGAUUCAACGUCCUCCGUGUCCUGCCAAGAACCGGCAAGGCCGUCAAGGCUUUCCAGAAAUUCUAA